AUGGCGCUUCAAUGUUAUCCGAAAUUUCUUCACCGUUUUAAGAAAUUAAUAGGCGAUUGUAAUAACGGUGACGAUGAUAUCCGAAAUCGGGACACACCGAUGAUUCUUCGCUACUUUUGUUGUCCCGAUUAUCUGAGGAUUUCCGUUAUCGAUUGGAAAUCCGAAAAAGAAUGUAAGCUAAGUGUCCUCAAGACAUUAAAACGCGCUUAUUUCGUCGGUUGUUGUAAUGGAUUAGCCUUGUUUACGUCGGACAAUCCUUCGCGCGUGCACAUUGUUGUCAAUCCUUUAUCUUGCAAUACGGCAACGAUAUACGGUCCUUUUAAAGGAGGUGAUCCAUGCGGUUUUUUCUUCCAUCCUUCGGAGAAAGAAUAUAGGAUUCUCAACGUGCGGAAAAUAGAAAAAGAUAAAUACGAGUACCACGUUUACCUAUUCGGAACCAAUAAAUGGAGGAAAAUUCCGGAUCCCUACUUUAAAUACGAACCUACACGCCACUGGAGUCGUAGGAAAAAGGGACAAAAAACGAUUAACGGUAAUCCGGCAAUUGUGAACGAUGCUUUGCAUUGGGAUAUAGGUGCAAUAAUGGUGUUCGACAUGAUUAGUGAAGAGUUCACGUUGAGGAGCGCUCCCUUUAAAGAAACCAAAGGAAGAAAAUACGUGACGAGGCAUCUCUCGGCGAACGAAAAUCGCUUGUGUUAUUGCCACUUGGGUUGUGAAGAACCGGUGAUGGAUGUAUGGAUUAUGGAGGACUACGAAAAAUGGUCUUGGGUUAAAAAAUACGUGGUUGAUCUCGAUUUCGACAUGAACAAGUACCCGAUGGAAAGCGAUUUUCGUUUUACGACACUGUCUGAAAUAAUGGGUUACAUAACGAUUGUGGGCACGCACAACAACGAGUUGAUGUUGUUUUGGAAACGCAGAGGAAUGUUUUCGUGUCGUUUAGGGUUUAAUAUUGUGAAGAAAAUUCCUUUGAGGAAAUCUGAAAUGGAUUGGCAUAUGCAUGAGUUUAAUUGGUUGUGUGGCUUUGAGAUUUAUAGUGCAAUUUAA